AUGCCGCUUACUAUCCUUUCACAAGCGCAGUUGCGAUCUCUGCUGCUGUCGCUGACUCGCGAAGAGAUCAUUGAGCUGCAGCACAAGCUUGCAGAGUCAUUGCGUGAAUACAGUACCGGAUCCCAAGAGCAGGGCUGUUCAUCAUCCUAUCAGCCACCGAGAACUGCGAUUACUCGAGCCAAUGGCUGUACGACACUGUUUAUGCCUGCGAGCACCGGCCAGACGAUCGGGAUGAAAAUGAUUUCACUAGACGACGCAGAUAAGGCGGGAUGUGCGGUGGAGAGCGGCUUGGAAACUUCCGAAAACGAAAAGGCCUCGACUCGGUCCCGGUCGCGCGCCGGUAGAGGCUCCAUGGGUUCUACUUCUCAAUCGUCCGACACGGAUGCUCACUCGAUUGCAUCGUCGCAGGAUGAAGAUGACGGCGACAGUAGCAACGAGAAUGACACUAAUGGCUCGUCGAGCGGGCCGAGUCUCCGGUCGUCGAUACAGUCAGGAACCGUCAACCAGCAGCCCAUCCCGCCUAAUGUGUCGGAGACGUUGGGAGCGUGGCCUGGGGCUGGUACCCGCGACACUUCACCACAAGGUAGUGUGACGUUGUUGGACGAAGAGAGUCUGCCGUUUGGAUUGAUCAAUGCACAUGAAUUGACGCCCUUCCGCACGGCGCUGACGGCGCUCAUGCUCUUCAACAAGCGGAACCGGGUGCGCACGCUGACUAUUUUCGGGGCCGGCAAGCAGGCUUACUGGCACAUUCGACUGGCGCUGACCCUGCGCGGAUCUGAGAUCAAGAAGGUGUACAUAAUCAACCGGUCGUUUGAUCGAGCGGCUAGGCUCCUUCGGGACAUUUACUCUCCAGAAAAUGCUAGCUGGCGCGGGGACGUCAAGUUUUCGGCCGUCAGCAGUGAGUUUGGCAACUAUACUCGCAUUGUCGGGGACGCCGUUAACAAGGCCGAUGCCAUCUUCUGCUGCACUCCGUCCAUCCAGCCUCUGUUCCCGGCCGAGCUGCUCACUUCCAACGAAGGUCGUCGCAAGGGCCGGUUCGUCAGCGCGAUUGGAUCGUACAAAGCACACAUGGCAGAAUUGCACCCGGACAUCCUGCGUGACGAGGUAACGGUGCACACGUCACAUCGCCAUUUCCGCAGGCACGCCAAACGCAGCGGAGUCGUGGUGGUCGACAGUCUCGAUGCCGCGCUCAAGGAAGCCGGCGAGCUCAUCCAGGCGGAUGUCAAGCCACACCAGGCCGUCGAACUGGGCGAACUGCUCAUGGUGCGCGAGGCGUCUCGUCAGGACACGGGCGGCAAGGACGAUACUAAAAGUCUGCGCGAAUGGCUAGAACGGGGCAAUGUGAUCUACAAGAGUGUGGGAUUGGGAUUGAUGGAUUUGGUAACGGGAGGCGAUCUGAUCCGACUGGCUCGUGAGAGGAAUUUGGGGACUACAGUGGAGGAGUUUUAG